GACUCAGUGUGUCUGUCUAAUUCUAGGUUAAAAACUGACAUUCUUUCAAAUUUGACAUCUCAAAUUUUUGUAAAGACAUAGUCUGGAAGCAGUAAGGCUUUAUUGCUCGUUUUAUUACAGCAUAUUGAUAAAAUGCCUCCCAUUGAGGAUUAAAACAAAGAACCUGUUCAUCCUCGUUUCUUUCUUUUUCUUUCUCAAAGAUGUUUCUAAAAUCUAAAUUCACUUAAAAUGGUUGUCAAAAUGUGUAACUUUGCCAGCUUGAUUCUCAGGUGAAACCAAACAUUUGUGCACUCGGACCCAAAACUAUUAAAUUUGCAGUUAAUCUCAACAAGAAACGGCCAGCCAUGCUUUGUGGGUAGAUUUUCUGUUAAUGACUAAAUCACGGUUCUGCUUAUCUAUAAACUGCUUUUCAUUUAUUUUGUUGAGCACAUUUGGUCAUUAUACAGACUCUUGUUCCAUGGUUUUCAAACGUUACAACAAAACAGUCUGAAAAGUGAGGCUUGCAUUUGUAUUCAUCCUCUGUAAAUUAACAGCUGCAAGUCUUUUGAGGUAUGUCUUUUAGCAGUUUUGCAUAUCUAAAGAGUGAUGUUUUUUGCAUAUUUUUCUUUGCAAAACAGCCCGAGCUUAGUCAGACUGGACCGACAUGCUCACACACAAAUCAGGGCUUUCCAACUCCUGUCUCCUCGGAAGCUGCUGUGUGAAAACUUUUAGAUGCUUCGCUGCUCCCGCACUUAAUUGAUUGCUACGGAGGCUUGAUAAUGAGUCAGUCAUUUGACUCAAGUGGAUUGGGACAGGGAUGCAUCUGAAAAUGGCUUUCGGUGUUAAAUUUGCUGUCAUCUAAGAUCACCUACUUCCACAUGCUGAGGUUUGACUUGACGCUGGCCGUUGCUGAGCAGGAUGAUUGAUGUGCGAGCAUGGGCAGAGUAUGUUGUGGAGUGGGCUGCCAAAGACCCCUACGGUUUCCUCACCACCGUCAUAUUGGCUCUGACCCCUCUGUUCAUCGCCAGCGCGCUGCUGUCCUGGAAACUGGCCAAGAUGAUCGAGGCACGUGACCGCGAACAAAAGAGAAAACAGAAGCGUCAGGAAAACAUAAACAAGGCCAAGAGGAAGAAAGACUGAAGCCGCCGGAGGAACGGGGGGGUCGCAAUGGAGGGGGUGAAGGAACCGAGCGAGCUCGUCCCAGCCCUGCUGUCAACACCAGGCUGCUAUGCCUCAUGUCCAAGAGGAAGGACGCUGGCCACUUGGACUUAACAGUGGACAGUGCUGUCCCUGUGGGACUCUGGUCAGCAGGAGCCCGGUGGUCCUCUGGUUCACUUUUUCUACAGAGAUCUCUGGUUUUAUUUGUGCAGCUGCUAAAACGUUGCAUUCCAUAUUAACAUCCCUGGUCUCCUGAAUUAACCUGAUUUUAAUAAUGAUGAUGAUGAUUAUUGGAAGAUGUUUUGUGUCAGUUACUUGCUACCAAAACUCAAACUUUCUGAUCAAUAAAAUGUUCAUGGUUAAUAGAAUUAAAUGCCUUUAAUACUUGGUUCUUUUGAUUCUGUACAUCACAUAUCUGAAUGAAGAUAUACUUUGAAAAAUAUUUCUAAAUAAAUCCAGAUGGAGAUAAAACCGAGAGGAGCUUCCUGUAUGCGUUUGAUUACGGAUAAUAUUUUGUUCCUGGCUUUUUAAGUUUUUUUUUUUUUUUUUUUUGCUUUAACUGCCCUGACCACUAUUUGGAUUUUUUUCUUAUUUUUUAAGGUUAAUAUCAAAAGAAACCUGUUUUGUGUCAAAGGUUAAUGAAUGAACUAACAGAUUAUCCCCAUUUAUGCAUCAAAAUAAAUAUAUUUAACCUUUAUCUGAAUAUCAAACUAAAAAAAGGUUUUUACUUAAAAGCUGUAGAAGUCUUUGACAGAAAACGAUGGCAUUUUUUAGUUUUGAUAUAUGAAGGAAAGUUUACGUUUUUUUAUUGUUUGACUUGUGGAACAGCAAUUAGCAGAAAAGAUUUUGAUCUGAUUGUCUUGGGUUUUAAUUGAGUUAAACUUGGCCUGUU